AUGGAUCAAUGGAUCCAGAGCUUCGACGAUAUGUUCGAAAGCAACAAGGCUCUGCGCCAGUGGAGCGUUCCUAACAACUCCGACGACGAGAACACCUCCAUCAAGAACGCCAUCAACCAGGUUGCCCAGGACACCGGGGUCGACGCCCGCUUCAUCCUGUCCAUCGUGAUGCAGGAGAGCAACGGCUGUGUCCGUGUCCACACCACCGACAAUGGUGUCAUCAAUCCCGGUCUGAUGCAGAGCCACGAUGGCACCGGUUCCUGCAACAAGGACGGCAAUGUCCAGACCCCAUGCCCCGAUAGCGAGAUUCUCCAGAUGAUCAAGGACGGUGUCGAGGGUACCUCGGCCGGUCCUGGUCUAAAGCAGCUCGUCGCCCAGGAAGGUGGCAGCAACCAAGCCAGUUCUUACUAUAAGGCUGCCCGUGCCUACAACUCCGGCUCUGUGGCCCCCGACGGUAACCUGGGCCAGGGUGGCGCCACUCCUUGCUACUCGUCCGAUAUCGCCAACCGUCUUCUGGGCUGGGCCACCGGUGCCAGCACUUGCAACUCCAACAUCGUCAGCACCCUCCUCGGCAGCAACUGGUCCGGUAGCAGCAGCUCCGGCAGCAGUGGCAGCAGCAGUAGCAGCUCUGGUAGCUCUACCUCUUCUUCUGCCCCCUCUGCCACCUCCAGCGCGGCCCCUGCCCCCGCGGCCACCACUGCUGCUCCGGCUCCAGCUCCAGCACCUGCCCAGCCUCUCCCUUCCUCGGCGCCAGCGCCCGCGGCGACCACCUCUGCUCCAGCUGCUAGCAGCUCGGGCGCUAGUGGCUACUACGGGAACUAUCCCCAGGCCGUGUCGUCAUGCCAGCAAUACCACACCGUUGCCUCUGGUGACUCCUGCGACCAGGUCUCCAGCAAAUACGGCAUCACUUCGUCCAAGCUUGUCAGCCUCAACCCAGGAUUGGAUUCGACCUGCUCCAAUCUCUGGAAGGGUUACGGUUAUUGUGUCAAGGCCUAG